GCAUUGUGGGAGACCCGAGGACCUGCUUGGUCCUCACCGCCGCGAUCGCGCCAUGCGCUGCUACCAGGGGCCGGACGAGCGAUCCCGGGGCCCUUGCGCCGGUGCUGCCUGCGGUCAGCCCUAGACUCGGGGCGGAGAAGGAGCGCUGGAACCUGGAGUUCGCGCCUCGCUGCCUGGAGGACGCACCUGCCUGGCCCAACAACCGCCGCUCCCGCCCACCGUCCUGGAGCUGCUGAAGGACGUCCACCUGGGCCUGGCCUUGCCCGGCCGCGGCCCCACCCGCCUGGCCCUCCUCUCGGGCCACUACCUCUACUACCACUACGGCUGUGACGGAGUGGACGACCGCGGCUGGGGAUGUGGCUACCGCACUCUGCAGACGCUGUUCUCAUGGCCAGAGGGCCGGCCCGUGGGUGUACCCGAACUGGGUGCAGUGCAGGCGGCCCUGGAGGACAUGGGCGACAAGCCCCCCGGGUUCCGGGGCUCUCAGAGCUGGAUCGGCUGUGUAGAAGCCAGCCUCUGCCUGGACCACUUCGGGGGGCCCCAAGGGCGGCUGCGUCACGUUCCCCGUGGAGCAGGGCUUCAGGGGGAACUGGAGAGGCUGUACUCCCACUUUGCCCGGGGCGGGGGGCCUGUAAUGGUUGGCGGAGAUGCAGAUGCCCAGUCCAAGGCCUUGCUGGGAGUAUGCCUGGGCCCAGGCACAGAAGCCUACGUCCUGGUGUUGGACCCUCACUGCUGGGGUGCUCCGAAGAACCCCAGUGAACUACAGGCUGCUGGUUGGGUGGGCUGGCAAGAGGUAAGCACAGCCUUUGACCCCCACUCCUUCUACAACCUGUGUAUGACCAGCUGUAACUCCGAAGAGCAGAACCGUGCCCUGGACUGAGGCUAAGUUCCCAGCACUGAGCAGCCUCUAGCCCUGUACAUUCAUCCACCCUCAUCUCAAAGGCAGAGGCUGCCUAAUGUCAGACCCCCAGGAAGUCCCAGCAAAGCCUGAGACCUUUGUUGUCAAUAAAGUGGGCAAGACCCAGCUAA